AUGGCCUCUUACAAUCCCUUCGCCCGGCGCGAGUCCCAUAACGUGCAUGCUCUGAAUGUCUAUCGCCUCUUAGUGCCCCUCACCUGGGCGCUGGUGGUGGUGGUCGGCAUCUACUAUUCGCUCCACUCGCCCGAUGAUGUCAAGCAUAGCCAUAAGAUCUGGAAGCAGGCCAACAAGCACACCACGCCGUUCAGCCAGAAUACUACUGUGACUGGGAUUUACUGGAUUCUCCUUCUUCUGUCUCAGCUCAGCUAUGUGUGGCACCUCUUCUCCAAGGACGCCGCGGUGGUAGCAGCCGCCGCGAAUGUCGCCACGCACUUUAUUCUCAACAACCUGUUCGUCUUUGCGUGGAUCCUGCUCUGGACCCGCAACCACUUCUGGGGCGCUGAGAUCAUCCUCAUCGCCCACCUUGUCAACCAAACCAUCACCUACUGGCGCCACAGCGGCUUGCCGGCCUUUGUGCACCUUUCUGUAAUUGCGGGCCCCUAUGCCUGGACCUUGACCGCGCUGUUCUGGAACGGCGCCGUCGCCGUGCACAGCAACAACCUCCCGGCGCGCAUCGUGGCCAACAUCUUCAUCUGGGUGAUCCUGGUGGUUGGUCUCACGGAUGUUGUGCUGCGCCAGGAUUAUAUCCUGGGCUACUGUCUGAGCCUGUUGACUCUGUCACUCGCCCUCAAACAGGUCGCUAUCAAGGUGAUCGCUCUGCAGUGGAUCUUCGCCUUCACCAUUUUCGCUGUCUUCCUCGUGGUGUCUGUUUACAUCUCCAGCACUAAGUACUACGGGCGCGACAGUCUCUUCCGUCGCGUUGUUCAGCCCGAGGCCUCCGACCGCGAGAGACAGCCUUUGUUGAAUGAAGAAGCGUAG